GUGGCGGCCGCGAAGCGGCACACCGCGGACGGCGCGGACGCGCUUCCGAAACACGAUCGAUAUGACGAUCCAUGAGUACAUCGAUCGAUAAACGACGCGAUGCGAGUGGUCUUUGUGAUCUAGCGGUGUGCUAUGUGAUUCUAAUCAAGUGCCGAUCGAAACUUUACCAUCUAAAAAAUAAUUAGACGUGGAAUGCUCGGCCAUGCUAGCCAUGGCUGACUAGUCAUUACAUGUGUUUGUGGUGGUGAAGUGAUAAGUGAUCAAAAUGAUGCAAGGAUUGCUCGAUUCGCUGUACAAGAUCUAUACAGAUUGGCGCGCACCAAUGGCCGACGAGGAGGCUCGGGCGCGGCGCGCACCCGCGCCGCCGCCGCGGCAGCCCGCGCGGCCGCCGGACCCGCGCCCGCGCACCCUCCCCCCCGACUCCCCAGCCAACCUCCCCGCUCCCCCGCGCCUCAUCAGGCCCUCCGAACACCUGGCGUUGGUCGAGUGGUCGGAGCGGAGGCCGCAUCCUCUGUGCCCGACCGUGAUCAUCCAAGGUCCGAGGCCUGCUGUUCCGCCGCCCCCUCCUGUGCAUAGGCACGUCGCACCCCCGCAGCCGAGGAUGCCUGGACCGGUGCCUCAAGGUCAUGCCGGCCAGCAGGUCAUGAGGAUGCCGCAGCAAAGGAGAGAUAUUCAGCCCCCACCGGUCGCGCACCCCCCGCUGGCCCUGCCCGCGCCCACGUCUGCGCCCGCGCCGCCCGCCUCGCACGCCGCCGCGCCGCGCACCAUCGUCAUCCAGCGCCCCGACGCCCGCCACGGCUUCGGGUUCACCUUACGGCACCUGGUCGUCUACCCGCCGGAUUCACUGCAGGAGUUGUACGAGGAUGCGCGCCACCUCGCGGUGGGCGCGGUCGGCGCUCCCAUGGACACGAUCUUCGUAAGGUCCGUGCGGCCGGGCGGGCCGGCGGCGGCGGCGGGGCUGCGCGCGGGCGACCGCGUGCUGGCCGUCAACGGGGAGCCGGUGGCCUGCGGCCGCAGCCGCGCGCCGUAUGCGAGGGUCGUCCAGCUGGCGCAGCGGGAACCCUUCUCGCUCAGGCUGACGGUUGUGCCGAGAGACCACGAUCUCUUGCAGAGGUAUUUCAGCGAAGCCGCUUACAACCCUGAAUCGAACCAGCGGCACAUUGAAAUGCCGGCGCCGAUAACCGAGCACGAGUCGCGCCUGUUCGACGCGUACCGGAGGCCGAGGGCCGCGCUGCCGGCCCCGCAGGCGCCGCGGCGGGAGGACCCGGAGUACGCGAGCGUGGCGUCGCUGGCGCCCUCGCGGUAUGACGUGCCGCGGCUACCCCCUACACCCCACCAUUUGUUGCAUGAUAGUAGGAGAGAAUCAGACACAUCGCUACCAUCAUCGGCCACAGAAAGCAAAGACAGCCUCGGCUCCUUCGACUCGAACUCAACCCUUACCGGCAGAGAACUAGACGACUCGAUUAUCCUAUCCCGAAUACGAAAGAGUCUCGAACAGAAAGAGGCUUUCCUCAGACGACCGAGCCAACCCACCGGUUGGGUCACCCCCGACGUCCCACCUACCAUAAAACAAAAAGAGUUCUACGCGAGGCCACAGAAGUUACAGAAACCAGCGUGGCCUCCCCCUUCUUCCCCGCCUCUCGCGGCAUCUCCCCCACCCUCGUUACCCCCUCAAGAAAUAAAAAGAGAUGAUUGUUCAGCGAGCGUUGACAGCGGAACGUACAGCGGCUAUGGGGAAGUUAACGGAACUCCAAACGACAAACAGAGGCUAAAACAGGACAAGAGUCAAUUUGUGGCAACACUAUCGAAGAUACAGGAGACGACGCCAAGCAAUAAUGGGUCGAUGAAUAAUGGAUCUUCUCCUGAGUAUCAGGAGGCGGCAUCGACGAGUAAUCCGGAUAGCAGAUAUCCAGUGCCCGAGCUCCAGCUAGUGACGGCCCGGACGAGGCAGCUCGAGGAGGCGCGCGGAGGCGGCGAGCGGCGCACGGAGGUCGCUCGCAGCGAGCUGGCUCGUAUGUCCACGACGCGGCUGGAGCCCAGCGUGGCGCUGCGGAGGAAGGAGUUCGAGACCAGGGCGUCCAGGAGAGAAGCCAGGUCGCUCGAUGUACAACCUCAGCAAGAUUUAGAGCAUGAAUUAGCACUCGGCGGCAGCUUGUCAGGAAACCAGUUGAUGAUCACCGGCAGUAAAUACCUACAUUGUCCGCCACCUGAAAAAUAUGUUCCCGAAACAGAUAAGGUUCAAAUGCGAACAAGGUCAAACAGUACAGGCAGUGAAGGACUACCUAUUAGAAGACAUCAUGCCACAGAUGGCAGUCACGCGAAGAGACGUAUGGGGCUGAACAGGGAGCAAAUGGAGGCCAUGAACCGGGUGUCUCUGCCCGGCGCGGGUGCGGCCGUGCGGCCCACGCAGCUGAGCCUGGCGCCGCCCUCGGCCGCCAGCUCGGGCGCCGCGUCGCCGGCCGAGCCCUCGCCCACGCCCAGCACGCCCGCCGACUCAGGUUAUGCUGACGACUUGGUGACACGGAGACAGAAGAAAGAUGCUCAACUUGGUGCAGAGGAGGAGCGCGCGAUGCGCCGCGUGUCCUACCUGAAGGCCACGUGGGGAGACCGGCUCCACCUGGACAGUGACCUGGAACCCGACGGCGACCAUCACGCUUUGAGAAGUGUAUACCGCAAGUGGCGCCCUCCUCGGUUCAGCGAAGACAUUACGCCGCUGCUGCGAAUAUUCGACCCCCACGCGUCGCUCCCGAUGCGCCCUGAGAAGAAGGGGGAGGGGACAAGCGAGAGCGCCGAGGAGGCGAUCGAAGGAGACGUGCAAGGGAAUGUGCAGAUCAAGAUGGUAGUCAGCAAUGGGAAGCGCGCGAGCGACCGAUCAUGGAAGCAGGAGUGGGCAGUGCUGCACGGGACCAAGCUGCAUCUCUACAGACAUCAUCAUAGCCAGAGCCCUGGCGCCGUGAGCGGAUCCACACCUGGCGCGGAGAGCUCGCGCGACACACUCGACAUGCGGUACUCUCUGGCGGCGUUGGCCGAUGACUAUACAAAGCGAAAACACGUCGUGCGCGUCACCACUGCCGCCGGCGCUGAGCUGCUGCUACAGGCGGAGGGACCAGAAGACGCCCAGCGUUGGUUGGCGGCGCUGCGCCGGCACUCGGCGGAGCCGCCGCCGGCGGAGGCCGCGCCCGCGCAGCCCGACUGCCCCUCGCCGCUGCCGCCGCAGCGCAGCAAGAAGAUCGGCCGCAACAGGUCGCCCACCGGACCGCCAACACCAACCCUUCCAUCAUCGCCGAAGAAUAAAACAUGGAAGGGCCGCAUGGCGAAGCAGCUCCGUCGCAUGCACGGCGGCGGCGCCGCGGCCGUGCCCGCGCCGACGUCAGGGUGGCUCGGCGCGCCGCUCGAGCGCUGCCCCACCGACCCGGAGCACCCGCUGGUGCCGAGAGCGGUCACGCUGCCAGCACAUGCUGUGGAGGCCUUCGGUCUCCGCACAGUGGGCGUGUACCGCGUGCCGGGCAACGCCGCCGGCGUGGCGGCGCUGGCGGCCGCGCUGGACCGCGGCGAGCCUCCGCCGGAGGGCGACCCGCGGUGGGCAGAUGUGCACGUCGCCUCGAGUCUGCUCAAGGCUUAUCUGAGGCGGCUGCCUGAUCCGCUGCUCACGGCUGACAUGUAUCCCGCUUUUAUUGCGGCCGAUCGCUCACCUGAGAGAGCUCGGGAGUUACGCCGUCUAGUCCACGCUCUGCCCGAGGCUCACUAUGAAACACUCAAGUACCUGAUCGAACAUUUGCGCCGCGUCGUAGCGCACUCGUCACACAACAAGAUGGAAGCUCGAAACUUGGCCAUCGUGUUUGGACCAACGUUGGUGCGCGGUGCUAGCGACGACAUGCUCGCGAUGGUCAAUGACAUGUCCAGUCAGUGCCGCAUCAUCGAGUCUUUUCUGUCUCACUAUGACUGGUAUUUCGAAGAGGAGGAAGGCGAGCCCCCAGUGGAACCCCCGACGACCGCGGAGGAGAUGUCUCCGGCCCCCGCGCCCUCCCGCGACCUCCUCAUCCACAACGUCAAGAAGAUCGAAGGAAAAGACGUGUCGACUCGCGACAUCGUAUCGUCGAUCAUCUCAGCGGCGAACCGCAAGAUCCAGCGCAAGCCGCGGUCUAAGCCGUCGCCGGACAGCAAGAAGUGGGCGGAGGCCGAGAAGCGGCCCGAGGCGUCGCCAGGCGCCUCGCCGCCCAACUCGCCGCUCACGUCGCCGCCCGCGCACCUCACCACCACCCUCGCCGACUACGACGGCCUGCCGCACCGGUUCAGCCAGGGAGGCAACAAAGUGGAGAUGGAAUCCAUAUCAGUGUUGGGCCGCGGUCGCCAAGAGCUCUCGCGGCACACACACACACUACAGAGCUUCUCCAUCGAUGGAACCGGAGAUUUGGUGUCGUCUCUUACGAGCACGUUCGACCAGAAGCUGCGCACGCUGAACAACUCGUCGCCGCUGGACGACGGCAGCAUCCCGUACGCGGACGAGCCCGAGCCGGACGAGGUCGAGACCGAGGGCACCUGCAAGUCCUCGUCCAGCUCCCCGUCCGAGCACAGCGAGCGCGAGGAGCGCGUGUCGCCCGCCGCGCGCGCGCAGGAGCUCAAGGCCGCGUGGCUCGCGCGCGACCUGCGCCACUCCUCCUCCUCCAGCGACGAGCCCGACGCGCGCUGGCCGCGGCCGACGCGGCCGGUCGACGUCCACGACGACGACGACUCGGAGAAGGAGAACUGCAUCAUUCCAAAAAAGAACGACGAGGCCCGCAGCACCGAGGACGAGAAGGACGUCGACACCCGCUCGCAGGUGUCCGAGACGAUGCCCGACAACGACAAGACCAUCGAUCGGCUGCUCUACCCCUCUUACAAAAACGGCCUGCGCCCGUCCAACCCGGAGUGCGUGAAGCGCAACAGCGCCGCGCUCGAAAACGACAGCGAAAAAGACGUGGACUGCUCCAAGCUGAAACGUUCCGAGUCCCUAAACAGGGAUCCGGAGCGGAGCGAGGCGCGCGUGCUGCGCUCCGAGAGCCUCAACUGCCGCGCGGAGGCGCGCCUGCAGCGCUCCGAGUCGCUCAACAAGGGCGAGCGGCUCAGCAAGCUCGAGAAGGGCGAGUGGAACAUCGUGCGGAGGCGCGAGGGCGCGUGGCGCUCGACCAAGCUGAAGCGCAAGAACGGCAUGCCGGAGCGCGGCAUCAAGCGCCGGCACACGGUGGGCGGGACCAAGGACUUCGACAAGGACGGCUGGAGCGCGCGCCACACGCGCACGUCGUCGCCCGACCUCAGCGCCGCGCCCGCCGCCUGGCCCGCCUCGCUGGUGCCGCCGCCGCGCCCGCCGCUCGAGAGCCACGUCUGACACGAGGCGCACUCCUUGUAAAGGAUCGCCGACCGCGCCCGACUAC